CGGCGGCUGAGAGUCAGCUGGAUGGGGAGGAGGAGGAGGGCUGUUUGCUGUUAGGACUCCCGGCUCAGAGCCAGUGAAAGACAUGAGCGCGACUCUGCCUGUUUCCCGUGGGAGGGAUGUGCUGUCAGUCCUGGGCCCCUCUGUGACUUUGCCUCCGGGGGUCGGAAUGGUGGGGCCUGGGGCUGGAGCCCGCUCACUGCAUGUGGAGCUGCACACUCAGCAGAGGCGUCUCCGUCACUUAAGGAACAUUGCGGCUCGGAACAUUGUGAAUAAAAAUGGAUACAGACUCCUCGAUACCUAUUUCACCCUUCAUUUGUGUGACGAGAAAAAGAUUUACAAGGAAUUUUACAAGAGUGAAGUCGUAAAAGACUCUUUGAAUCCAACAUGGCGGAGCCUGGAUUUCGGGCUGAUUCCAGACCGCCUGGAUACAUCUGUAUCGUGCUUUGUGGUGAGGAUAUGGGGUGGGAAGAAUGAUGUCUGUCGACUGCUGAUCGAGUGGAAAGUGAAUCUGGAUGGACUCCGAUACAUAGGCCCACAGAUCCAUGCUUGUAACCCAAACGAAAUCAUUUUUGGCCUUAACGAUGGGUAUUACGGGGCAGCGUUUGAGAGCAAGAAUCAUUCUGAGACUCGACGGAACAGCCAUCUGCAAGUGGAUCAGAGCACUGUUAGAAAUUCCUAUGGUGUCUUCUCUUUGCUAAGACUCCACCGGGCUCAAUGUGCAAUCAAACAAACGCAAGUGACCGUUCUAAAAAUUGGAAAAGAGAUUGAAGAAAAACUGCGAAUGACCUCUUCUAGCAACGAGCUGAAAAAAGAGAGCGAAUGUUUACGCUUGAAAAUACUGGUGCUUCAAGAUGAACUGGAGAGACAGAAGAAAUCCUUGGGGCGAGAGAUGGAAAUACUGCAAAAGGAACAGAAGUUACUGAAUGACAGACGAAACGUAUUUAAUGUCAACCAGGAGAAGCUGCAGAAACAGAAUGAAUCUCUCGGUGAAUUAAGGAAAGAAUGCACAGCGAAAAGGGAGCAGUUUCUAAAGACCAACGCUCAACUUACCAUUCGCUGUCGACAGUUGCUGUCUGAACUCUCGUAUAUUUAUCCGAUUGAUGCACCUGACCAAAAGGAAUAUUUCAUAUGUGGUGUGAAGCUGCCGAAUUCUGAAGAUUUUCAAGCAAAGGAUGAUGGGAGUGUGGCUGUCGCAUUGGGCUACACGGCGCAUUUGGUCUCCAUGGUUUCAUUCUUCCUCCAGAUACCUCUGCGUUAUCCCAUUCUGCACAAGGGCUCCAGAUCUGCCAUCAAAGACAACAUCAACGACAAGCUGACGGAGAAGGAAAGAGAGUUUCCUUUGUAUCCGAAGGGUGGAGAAAAGCUUCAGUUUGACUAUGGAGUCUACCUUCUCAACAAAAAUAUUGCCCAGCCAUUCAGAGGUGGAUUUGCUGGUGUGUUUUGGGUCAUUGUCCUGCUGCAGCACCCAAGAUCGCUUCAGCUUGAGUUGACGAACAGAUGGCCGGACAUUCUCCUUCAGGAUUUUUUGUUAAGGUAUCAGUAUGCCCUGGGCACUCCAGAUUUACGUCAGACUCUUCCAAACCUAAAGACCUUCCUGGAACAUGGACUGAUGGUUAGAUGUGAUCCGCAUCAUAUGUCAAGUGCUAUACCUGUUCCAAGAAGACCCACAAGCUCCACGUUUGUUAGUCAAGAUGUUGGGUUUUCUAGUAGGACUCCCACCCCUGACAAAGGACUGAGAAAACGAGCCAGCUCUGAGAAUGAGAAUAUCCCGUAUAAAACUCCACCCCCUAGCUACAAAUCUGCCAUGGCAGACCCCGUUGUAAUUUUAAUUCCGGCAAAAGAACCUGAAAAAAGACGUGUAGCCUCAUCUCUGGAUGCAAGUAUAAACAUUUCAAAGGAAGGGAGCAGUAAGGAAUUUUCUGAGAGUCUUAAUGGUGAUAGUAUAACCAAUGGCAGCAGUGACCAGACCCAAGCCAAGCCUUUCUCUGAAACCUCCAGUGCAAUGAAUGGAACUUUAUUGCAAGGUGAAUCUGUUGCAUUUGUGAGUGGGGAGGUUCCCUGCAAUUCCCAAAUCAAUGACUUGUGUUGCACUGUGGAGCAGGCAGAGGAGAUAGUUGGGACAGAAGCAGCAGACUUUGCUUCAGGAGACCAGCUAGAAGCAUUUAACUGCAUACCUGUGGACCAUGCUGUGGCCGUGGAAUGCGAUGACCAAGUUUUAGGGGAAUUCGAAGAGUUCUCCAGGAGAAUUUAUGCACUGAACGAAAACAUGUCCAGCUUUCGCAGACCAAGGAAAAGUUCAGAGAAAUAAAGCUUUAAGAAGCUUUGGUAGAGUUUCCUACCAACUCAACUCAACAAAUCAUUUGUAUUUAUUUAAGAAAAUACCGGCUAUGUGCAAGGCUAUUUUUCUGGGGUGGUAAAGAAUUAAGGAAUACAGACAAAAACAAAUACAUUUACAGACUAAACAAAUAGACUUUUAUUUUUACUGUAAAAACAACGAUUUUUGCAGUGUCUCUUUCAUCAUUGCAUUUUUUUUUUUUCGUUGAAGAUUUCUUUAUGCAUGCCUUGUCGAACAUGUCGCAUAUUUCAUUUUGUAGGAUCCAAAUAAUUACGGCUGACCAUAUUCAUAGCAUAGCGAAGUCGUAUGUUAGAUGUUAAGCUGAUCCUUUAUCAGUGUAAAGUACAUGUUGAAAAGCUCAUGCAAGAUCUUGACGUUUGAGUUGAAACAUUCUUUUUUUUUUUUGUUUUUUGUCUUUUCAGAAACCAUUCCUUACUUGUUUACUGACCACAUAACGGUUUGAUCUGUAUGCAGAUUAUUUUUCAAUCUCUGUGGUAUUGUAUUUUCAUAAUCGUCAUCAUGUCCAGUUUGCGGAAAAGCUGCCAAUACGUGAAAACAUUUUUGUGCCGUAAGGCUAAAGCAUCAUCAACUUGAAGACCAUUGUCUUCCAAAGAUUGGUCAUUAGAUGGCCAUAGAAGCUACAGACACCAGUUUGGUUUUUGUCUAGGGCUUCACCAUCAAAGAUGUUUGUACUGUUUUUACCGCAAGGUUGGCGAUACACUGACCGAAAUUGUCAUACGAGCGCUGGGGCAAGACCAACAUUUUCAAACCUGUUUUGAUCGCUGAAACGACCAAUAUCCUUGACACAAAAAUAUACGUGUAGAUUGUUUAACACACGGAAAUACGAAACCUUGAAUCUAACAACAGUAUCUUCGAGUUUACGGUCAGUUAACAUUUUCAGAAAACAACUUUCCAUUCAAAGAAAAAGCGUAGUGAUGGAAGACAUUGAAAGCUGAAUUCUCUGAAAUAACAGCAAAUGGUAUCCAAUGGCAAUGUCUGGAAUUUUAAAAUUCAUAAUGAUUAUCAUUAAGAAGAGGCUUUAUUUUAACUUUCAUAUGAAGGGAGCUGAAGCUUCAUAAAAUAGUAGCAAGUGCUUAAUUUUUAGCCGCGCAGUUUGCACCAAAGUUUUACCAUCGUAAGGUAAAAAAAAACAAAAAUGCAUUAAUUCGGUGGGGCAAUCGUACAAAUGCUAAUAAAGCAUUAACUGUCCAACGCAGAAAAUGUUCCAUUAUUUUUCGCAUAUGUCGGAACAUAAACAGUAUUAAUUUGUAAAUCGCAUUGCUAUUUAUAUUAACCACAUGUUAAAUGCUGCUUUUAUUCAGGAAAGGAAAUGUUAUGUCAGACCCUCGAUUAUUGUUAAUGUGCCUAUUACGGCACCAAAAUUUAGGAGAACCCGUUUCUCAGCUCUCCGGAAUAUAUUUUUCCUGGUUUCAUAUUUUUUCAGGAUUUUGAGACACUGCUGAAGAUUGAGAGAGGGGUAGGCCAGACCCUAUCCCAGUAUUCGUGUAAUAUGAUCAAGGAUCCAACGGGCAGAAGCAAUUGACUCUUUCUGCUCAGAUCCCACAUGACCCAUAGAGUACAACCUACCAUGUCCUAAAAUAAUGUUAAAUUAAUGUUAAAACCACACUGUUCCCCAUCAUGCAUGUCACUUUGUUUAUAAGCCUUUAUGAUCAAUUCUGUACCCAUGAACAUCAUCAAUUGUCUUUGAUUUCUUCAAUAAAAAUCUCAGGUUCAAUUCAA